CCUGAACACAGCAGUUGGAUGAGUGAUGAACCACGAAGACUACUACACGAUUGAAAGAAGAAAGAUGUGUUCCUUACCACUUCUAGGACUUUAUACUUUUAUCCGGAUGACUUACGGACUUCAAACUGCCGUCUUCGCUGUGCUGGGGGACAGCGUCGAUCUGCCGUGUCCCAUCCCCUUGGUCGGACCCUGCUCCGAGGUCAACUGGAAAGUGAGCGACUCUUUCCCGGGUUUCUACACGGAGGUGGUCCGGGCGGGCUUGGUCACGGCCGACGAGCCCCCCACUGUGAGGCUGGGGGCCGGCUGCUCUCUGCACAUUGACCGCCUGGAACAGGACAGCGCGAGGACCUAUGUGUGCAGUAACGGGCGGUUCAACGCAUCACUGUCACUCGAGAUCCUCAGCAUUACUUCGGAGAAGAAAGGUGAAAUGAUGGAGAUUCAUUGUUACCUCAACGAUUUCAAAGGACUUGUCCGGUCUUGUCCCCACCAGGGAAUCCUUCUAGAGUGGCUGAGUGAAGCCAACACAGCAUUGAACAAAGAGAGAUUUUCCUUUAAGUCGCCCUCAAAGUGCUUCUCUAAAAUAAUCUUUAAGCCUAGACCGAUGGACCAUCGCAGAACGUGGAGUUGUCAACUCAGAGACAAUGACACUGUGAAAACCUCCCUGGGCUACACGCUAAACAUCACAGAUGGUAUACAGGAAGUAUUUGCACUGGUGGGUGAGUCGGUGUCAUUCUCUUGUGAUACUUCAUCCAUCGCUGGCGGUCUGGUGCAGUGGGUGGGACCCCAGCCCACCCUUGAUGGAGUCAGCCUUCCAGCCGUCACAUCUGAUAAAUCCGACUUCUCUUUGGCUGUAAGCCAGGGGCAGGCUGGGGAUUACCAGUGCUCCCCUAAUGGCGACAAAACUAAAGUCUUAGCCACAGUCCGACUGCACACACUCCACGUUUCUGCCGAGCAGGAGGGCAGUAACCUCACCCUGAGCUGUGUGCUCACCUGCGCCCUGGAGAAGUGUGAUCAGGACGUGACGUUAGAGUGGACCACGGCCAGCCGGUCCUCCCGGCUGAGGGGUCGUAACCACAUGACCCAAAACACCAUCACCUCUCGGCUGUUCACUGAGGCGGUGCAGCUCACCGGCGCCCCCACUGUGUGCUCUGUGCAUAAAGACGAGGUUCUGAUGGCGUCCGAGACGUGGCGCUCUACCAACACAGCAGCAGCGUCGCCGGCGGCGGCCUGGGCGGCCCUGCCUCUCAACCUCCUGCUGUGUGCGGCCGUCGGAGGAGGACUCUACUUCCAUUCCAAGAAGAAAACCGAGAAAGGGAGCGAAGCAGUAGGAACCGAACCGGCUCCGUUUUAUGAAGUUAUCCCGGAUGUAAAUCAAGAAAGAUAUAACGUUCAAUAUAACGCUGGAAAGUCCAACUCUGACGAUGUUUUUUAUGAUCUGCUCCAAGCUGUAGAUGAAUCCAAAGCUAAGGAACUAAUUCUAUAAAAUUUGUUGAUAAAGCGAUUAUAGGGAAAUUCUAUUGGGUCUAUGGAAACUAAACAAUUGUUUGGUAAACUUUGAAUUUACCUUCCAAACAGGAAUCAAUAAGCAAAAAAAAGAUCUCCUGAAAGCUUGUGUGUACACUGAAUGCUGUUUCGUAUAUUGUCUUUGUCAGGGAUCCGCACAAUUCCCAACUGCACCACAAGGUGAUGAUGUGAUGUUAUCAAAAAUUAAAUUAACUGUAAACAUGGCUUGUAAUUUACCGCAAUGACAAAAGCUGUGAAUGAUGUGUCUGUUGAAAGAUGUGUUGAUUAAAAAAGGUGUAGAAAGAAAAACUUGUAUCCAGAUGAAUAUCUAUAUGAAUAUGACAGAUAGGGUUAUAUAUAAUGAAUGUAUCUUACAUUCGUUAUAAACGACUCAUCUUUCAGGUUACUGCUGUCUGCUCCUCCCCUCCUGAGCUUCCCUCAUGCCUCCGUUGUGGAAGGUCCCAAUUCACUUUCACUUCCUGCUGCUCUGGCUGUGUUUUGUGUUGAGCUGUAUUCAAUCAUCUCUGUGUUACUAAAAAGGCUUUUUGGUUUCCCACUA